AUCAUCUUCUUUUGUGUGUAAAACGUGAGCCAUAUCUCAGCUUUUCUUCAUUUCUUACUCUCUUCGUCCAGAGGAUCAGAUUUUGUGACCAAGACUCAUCGGCACCUUUGGUAUCUUCGCCAUGGAAAGACAUGGAGCGAAGAAGAAGAUCUCCGACGAUCAUAUUCCACUUGAUCUCAUGCCGGAGAUACUCAAAGGGUUACCAGUCAAAACCCUAGCGAGAUUCCUCUCCCUAUCGAAAGAAUAUACAUCCAUUAUUCGCAACCGAGACUUCAUGAAAUCGUACUUGAUCAAGUCCUCGAAUCGUCCCCAAAGUCUCAUCAUCACAUUCAAUGACACCAAGUUACGUUCCUGGAGGCAUUUCUUCUUCUCAGUGAGUCAACCCCAAAAUCGAGGUGAAUCAUCAUCUUCUGUAGCAGUAGCAACUUACCAUAUGAAUUGCGAUUCUCUACCAUACACAACUUAUUCUGCCUCUGUUCAUGGUUUGAUUUGCCAUGGACCUCCUCCUCAUCUCAUGGUGUAUAACCCUUGCAUUAGAAGAUCCAUUACUUUGCCUAAGAUAGAUUCUGAUAGGUUAGAUAUGCACCACUUCUUGGGUUAUGAUCCCAUCAGUGGUGAUUACAAAGUGUUGUGUAUGGUGAAAAGAUUGCCUGUUACCGGAGACUCUAUAGCUCAAGAGAUUUGGGUUUUGACAAUGGGAAAGGAGAAUUCUUGGAGGAUGAUUGAAGAUUGUCCUCCGCACUUUCUUGAUUCUCGUUAUUCUCCUGAAAUAUGUAUCAAUGGUGUUUUGUAUUAUGGAGCUUUUCUGGACUUGGUCAAGAUUCAUGCAGUCAUGAUCAGUUUUGAUGUUAGGUCGGAAAAAUUUGCUAUCAUAAAAUUACCAGAUUUUCCAGAAUGUGUCUCGCCUCUAAACCGAAAGCUGACAAGCUACGAGAGAAAGUUUGCAGUCUCGUUCUAUGGAAAUUCUGAUUGUAGAAUUGAUUUGUGGGUUCUAGAGGAUGCUGUGAAACAUGAAUGGUCGAAAAAGUCGUAUGUGUUGCCUCCAUUAGAUGGCGAGACUUAUCAUCAUUUUUAUCCCUUUUGUGCUACUGAUGGAGGUGAAUUUGUUUUGGCACACUUAUUUAUUGAUCGUAGAACACCAUUUUAUGUCCUCUAUUAUAAUCCCAAGAAAAAUACUGUAAGAAGAGUCUACCUAGAAGGAAUAUUCACGGAACUGAAGGAUCAACUUUGGGAUAAAGAUUCAUAUGCUUUCACAUUAUCCAUCUUCCCAGGUCAGAUUGAUAAUCUCAUGUUUCUCUAAGAGUGCUCGCUCUUAUCUCCAUUGAAAUGUUUGUUCUUAAUUAAGUUGUACCUUUGUCUUUUUUUUUUUUUGGUGAAACUUUGUUUAUGUUCAUACUCUCGGCAUUGUCCCUGGUUUAGUGUUUGCAUCUUUUUUAAUUAUGUUCAUGUAGCCUCUAUGUAUUGAACUUGUUUAUUCGCGAUCUCCUAAAUAUCCCAUUUGAUAGAUA